CCCAGCCCAAUUGCUUUAGCCAGUUGCUGACUUCUUCUUCCCCCCUUUCCCACAUAGCUGUGUAGGGGUUCUAUCGCAUCUCCGACUCUUCUCGGCAUCUUCAUUUGUUCGCCUGUGAAUUCCGUCGCGCUUCUCAAUCAGCUUCCUCGCCGAUCCACUGCGACCUCCGGUUCCCUUCGCAGCCCUAGCGCCAAAAUGGUUGAAGCAGAAUCACCUUUCAGACCAAGGGAGAAGCUUCUUGAGAAGCAGAGGUAUUUCCAGAACAUCCACAAGCAUACUUACUUGAAAGGCCCUUUUGACAAGGUCACCUCUGUUGCUAUCCCCAUAGCAUUGGCCGCCAGCUCUCUGUUUCUUAUUGGACGUGGAAUCUACAACAUGUCUCAUGGGAUCGGAAAGAAAGAAUGAAGAGGCAGUGUGUUCUUUUCUCAUUCUUGAGGACAACUAUUUUACUUUUGGCAUGUCAACACAGACUGCUGGCUUUUGAAUUUCUUGUUUAGUACCACCCUACUUAAUAAUAACAACAGUCAGUCAUGUAGCUACUACCACCAUUCCAGAAGUUGAAAGCUCUUCUCUCUUGAUUGCAUUGUUUUCCCAAUUUCUUCCCCUCUUGAUGCCAUUAUGUUAUUUUGGGAUCAUAUAAAGUUGCCAUCUUUUUGCUUGCACUCUUCGGUUACUACUUGUAAGUUCCAAUGCUCUUUGCUAGUGAUGGUGUUGGUGCUUCAGUUGGUAUCUUGGCUCUUGUGAUCUAUUGCCUUUGUUUUUAGGUUAUGCUUCGUCGACUAUUUGUUGAUGG